GCUUCAAUGAUUGAGAAGUACGGCGAGCUUUUCACCAAGAUUUGUCCUCCCGGCCGUCCUCUGUGCGAAGCCGAUACUGUUUCUGCGCCAGGAGAACCAGCUACGGUAUCUGAAGAUAUGAAUGAUGCUCCAGAGCCGCCACCUCGAGAGAAUCGAGCGAACCAUGUCACAUCUGCCCAGGCCACCGCCACUUGUACCCCAAACGGAGCAUCACCUUCAAGUCCCGCUGAAUCCUCCCCCAUCUCUCCAUUCGGAUACCAUCCUCAGGCUCCUGGUGACGCGUCCGAGACUACUACAUCUGGUCCGACCACUCCAACGAGAAGCAGGGGGGUUACAACAGCCUCAGUCCCAAGUGUGUCCCAAGAACUUGAGGUGAUGAACAGAAAUCUAUCACAGCUCCUACGGAUCGUCAAUGAGAGCACGAGCAGUAUAUCCCGAGAUCAGACUACUGUCAGGGAUGAACUUCAUACCGAGUUCCAGAGGCUUCUCGAUGCGCUCCCACCAAGAGAUACUGUGAGGGAUUGGAGUAAUGGGGUUGCUGGAGAGGGGCAGACCGUUGAAAAUGAGAUGGCCAAGCAAGCAGCAGUCGAAGCUACUGCAAGAGCUGCAGAGGAACGACAAACUGCCCUAGACCGGAUCGGCAUGAUCCCUAACCUAAUGCAGUCACUUGAGAACGUGAACUACCAUCAGUCGAACAGGGUCAAUGAGGUCUUGGAAAGCAUCCAAGAUAUCAGGAACGCAGCCAUCGGAAUGGACAGACGGGUUGCGGAUUGUCAAAUUGAUGUGAAGAAUCUCCUUGAGGGAUCGAUGCAGGAUAGCCGGCUUCUCUGUGCGCUUAAGGAUACGCUUACUGGGCUUGGCGAAGGUGACCAGUUUCUGAAGGCCCAGGUUGCGGAGGCUAUCAAAACUUUGAAUUGUGUCCUAGGAGCGGUCGAGGGCGUUAAGGAUAUCAGCGAGAGAACGUUCACGCAUCAAAUGGCCCUAGAAACCAAAUUGGAGGAACUACACAAGAAGCACGACGAUGGCUGGCAGGCAUGGGAUGAGAAGCAUAUAACGGAAAUAGCCAAAAUCGAUACUUGGCACGACAAGCACGACCAGGACAUGCGGGACCUUGACGAGUGGCGACAUAAGCAUCGUGAGGAACUCCUGGAGUGGCACGAAAAACAUCACAGACAGCUUUCAGUGCAUGAUGAACGACACUGCAGCCGCUGUUUCCCUGGACCUACGACAGAGGAAAUCUCGGAAACGACAGCGGACGAUUCGACAAGUGACAAUGUUUCUUCGGUCAAGAGUUCUUCGCACAAAAGAAAUCUGGGUGACAGUGCUCCAGCCGGAGCAUCGCGGGCUACAAGCGUUUUCAGUAAUCCCAACUGCUGUGGUAGCAGUAGCCAAUCCUCCACUGCCAUGGAUGUUGGCCCCGCUAGACAACGUGCCCGAGAGCUGUUUGAGGAAUUUUUGCGCGACGCAAUCUUUGGUUACGACGGGUGUUGUCUCGCUUGUGGACGCUUAUCCCUCGCCGACGGCAGCGCAACAGGAUCAAUUUCGGACGUCAAUGCUUCAGGACUAUCUGCCGGCACUGAGUCCUCAUCAGCAAUUGCUGAAGUUCUUACUCCGGGCCACGCCACGAUUGAUGCUGCUUCAACCCGCACAGCUUCACGCGCAGGUUCAGUCAUUAGUGACCAGGCCUCUUCAGUUGAGACUGACUCUAUUUCACAUACACCCUCGAGCAAUGAUCCAGCCUCGGGCACAAAUGUGGGCGAGAGUGCAAGCUAUCACGGCGCUGUCGAAGAGAGUGCGACCAAUCGUAGUGCUAUUAGCGAAACUCCUGCAAAACGAGGCACGCUCCCUCAGGACCUCCACGAUCUCUUGAGGCCUUACUUUGUCGCUGAGCCCGCCAAUGCCGCCGAGCCAGAAGAUGUUGCAGCGCUCCGGAAAGAAUUGUCGGAGCUUCAGGAACAGCACAUGGCGCUAGCGACCUCAUCCAAGGAGACGGAGGAAUCUUCUGCCAAACUUUUGGACGAUUUCAUGGAGAAGAAUAAGGAGAUUGACGCCCUAAAGGCCGACGCGGCCAAAAAGGAAGAAGGACACGCUGAGCAGAUACACGCUCUCGAGCAAGAGAGAGAUAAGAUUCGGGAUAAACUGGCAGUCAAGAAGCGUAAGCUGAAAGAAGCCAAAACAACCAUCGAGACACUGUAUCGAGAGGGUCUCGGUUUGGGCACAGCGAAGGACCCUGCAAGCGACAUGCCGUCCAAGACUAACGGUGAUGGUGGUGAUUCUGACUCCACUGAGGUUGUGACUCCUCCACGAUAUCGUCAAUGCGUCGAGGCUUCUGAGCAAUUGAGUCAAGUUCUGGAAGAGUUCAAGGUCCACAAACCAGUCUUACAUAUUGAGAUUCGCGAGCUUGACGAAAAAAAAUCGCACUUGAUCGAAGAGACCGCCAGGUUGGAGAUACGGAAGGCGUACCUGGAUGAAGAGAACGCGAGACUAGAGAAGCAAUACCGACUCAACCUCACCAGAAACGCAGAGUUGGAUGCGACUUAUGCCUCUACUGAGGAUAGUGAUGCAGAGGCCUCAUGCUCCCGUCGGGCUACAAAGGAUUCAAAGGAGAGGAUUCGUGCCCGAUCGGCGUACCGUCCACAAAAACGCCAGCCGCAGCAGGCACGUGCGGCUUCGAAGGGACCUUCAGUCGCCAACAAGUCCAAGCGAAUCAUCCCUGUGGUAGGUAAAAUCCCUCAGUUGGAAGCGGAUAUCAAGAUCUCAAAGGACGGAAUCAUUGCAGAGACGCUACUGUGCGACAAGACACUGCUGUCCGAGGACCAGUUCGAGAGGAUACGGUCGAAGCAGACCACACAGGACGACGAUCCAGAGAUGUGGUCUUUGUUCUGUGACUUCAAGGUCCGGAUGGUAAACAUUCCUUAAGCCGGAGUAUACAUAGGUGCAAAAAGAUAAAUAAAACCGG